GUAGAAGAUGAGGACAUCACACAGUAUAGUCCAGGAGAAAACCCGACCACCUCGUAUAUCCUGGUGGUGCCUCACCUUGUGGACGGGCCGUCGUAUCCCUCGAAUCCUGAGGAACCUCAGACUGUGGGGGGCGGUGCCGGGCCGUCGUAUCCCUCGAAUCCUGAGGAACCUCAGACUGUGGGGGGCGGUGCCGUCCCUCAAAAAGAGAAGAAGUUUUCCUGUACCGAGUGCGGGAAACGUUUCCGUUUUAAAUCCAGCCUCUGUGUGCACGUAAGAUGUCACACUGGUCAGCGGCCAUAUUUCUGUAGCGAGUGCGGGAAAAGUUUUCCGUCGAAGCCGCAACUUGUCAGACAUCAGAGAUCUCACACGGGGGAGAAGCCGUAUUCCUGUCGUGAGUGCGGGAAGCGUUUUUCGGGGAAGUCCAAUCUUUCCAGACACGAGAGGUGCCACACGGGGACGAAGCCGCAUUCCUGCCCUGAGUGCGGGAAAAGUUAUCUACAGAAAUCGGACCUUAUUAUACAUCAGAGAUCUCACACGGGAGAGAGGCCGUAUUCCUGCUCCGAGUGCGGGAAAAGUUUUGUACGAAAGCCACUUCUUGCUGCACAUCAGCGAUGUCACACGGGGGAGAAGCCGUAUCCUUGUCCCGAGUGCGGGAAAUGCUUUUCACGGAAGUCCCAUCUUACUGGACACCAGAUAUGCCAUACAGGGGAGAAGCCACAUUCCUGUCCAGAGUGUGGGAAAUCCUAUCUACGGAAAUCAGACCUUGUUAUACAUCAAAGAUCUCACACGGGAGAGAAGCCGUAUACCUGUGCUGAGUGCGGGAAAUGUUUUGUACGUAAGCCGCUUCUUGAUGCACAUCGGAGAUUGCACACGGGGGAGAAGCCUUUUUCUUGUCUUGAGUGUGGGAAAAGUUUUUCCCAGAAGUCCCAUCUUAACGGGCAUCAAAUAUGCCACACGGGCAAGAAGCCGCAUUCCUGCCCCGUGUGCGAGAAAUGUUAUCUGCAGAAAUCGGACCUUGUCAUACAUCAGAGAUCUCACACUGGGGAGAAGCCGUAUUCCUGUUCCGAGUGCGGGAAAUGUUUUGUACGUAAAUCCCUUCUCGAUGCACAUCGGAGAUGUCACACGGGGGAGAAGCCGUAUUCUUGCCUUGAGUGCGGGAAAUGUUUUUCCCAGAAGUCUCAUCUCAACGGACAUCAAAUAUGCCACACGCGCAAGAAGCCAUUUCCCUGCCCCGAGUGCGGGAAAUGUUACCCGCGGAAAUCGGAGCUUGCCACACAUCAGAGAUCUCACACUGGGGAGAAGCCGUAUUCCUGUCCUGAGUGCGGGAAAUGUUUUUCACAGAAGCCCUGCCUUUCCAGACAUCAGAGAACCCACACAACCGUGGCGGUGUGUUAGUGUCCUGAGUUCAGGAAACAUCUUCUCUAUGAACCAUAUUUUGCCGUACAUCAGAGAUCUCAGAACGGGAGGCGAGCCUUGAGAUUAGGGAUCCGCUUCAGGAUAUUUUAGGAAGGACCCCAAAUCCAUACCAGAUCUCCUCUAGGUUAAGG